UCGAACCGCUAUUGCCAAGGGAACCCGAAGCUAAAGGUGCAGGAAGAGAGCAUAAGUCUAAUUCACAUGUGAGCCAGAUUACUGUAAAUGGCCCACGAAUGCCAGUCUGCGAUGGAGGAGAGAGAAAUGCUACAGAAACAUAACCCAUCAAUCAGUGAACCCCACGACAGUGUAAGAGAAAACAGUGCAGGGGACGGAAGCAAAACUAUCCAACCAACAAGCAAGACAACCAACAACAGCCAACGGAUAGACGACUUGGAGAAACUGAUUGGUAGAUUGAAUAAUGCCAUGUUGACACUGGAAGAAGAAAACCUAAAAUUGCACAAAAGAUUGAAAAACAACAUUGAGGCCAGAGCAAAUGUAAUACCGGAUCACGGUGUGGACACCCGUUGUAAAGAAAGCCAAACGUUUCCCCUAGAGGGCACAGAGAGAAGUAGUUCAAAUGCAGGUCUGUUACAACAAGAUGACAAAUAUGGUCAGCUAAAAGCUGAGAAUAGCCACCUCAAGAAGACACUUAAAGAGACAGAGAAAUGCAGUAAACAGUAUGCAAGAGAUUUACAAAGGCUGCUCCAAAAGUAUGAAGACAUGAAAGCCCAGAAUCAAUUACUAGAGCAGUGCAACAAGCAGCUGGUCCCUGACAAAGGUGCUCUUGAGAAGAAACUAGACAUUAGACAUAAAGCAAAAUCAUCACAGACCAGUCGGAGCAGCCAGACAGAGGUCUGGCAUGUUGACCCCAGUAGGAUGCAUGUGGAAACUGGACAUGGCCGCAGGCUCUCUUCUGAGAAUAGCAUUGCUAAUGAUGGAGCACAACACACCAAACAUUUAGCCGGGAAUAUCGGUGUGGAAGAAGAGCUUUCUGUUACUGAGACUGUGGCACACCUCAGGGAGAAGAACCGGCGGCUGCAGGAGGACUUGAUACAGAGCAUUGAGAGAGGCAUCCAGACAGCAAAUGUUGCCAUGAGCCUGAAGGAAGAGCAUGUCAUCAUGGAGGGCUGUCUGGAGACUAUGAAGCAUGAGAAAGACCUACUCCAGAUGGAGGUUAGAAAUCUACACCAGGACUACAUUAACCUCAGCAAAAGCAUUACUCUCCAUCUGAGAGACGCUGGAGAGAGCAGCAGACCUCCGGAACUGUACAAAUCCCAUGCCCAUACCCCUGAUGUCCACGAUGUUGCUCAAUCUAACAGCAUCAGCACAGAAUUACAUGACAGCACCUCUGGAUCUCUUGGUUUCUCUGUGUCCUCUAAAUCCCCAGUCAUCAAGCAGAGCAACAGUACUGACAGCACUCUGAGGGACAGGGCAUCCGAGAGGCGUAAAUCCACUGGCUCUACCCCCAGCCUGGCCCCUGCUGAACACAGGAGAACCAGCAGAGGAGAAAUGGAACGGUCACCGCAGGAGAGCCCAACGCAGAUGGCCAAACAUGUCCAAAUAGAUAAAGACACUAUUGAGAGGAUCAGGAUCCGAUACGAGGAAAAUGAGUUGAAGGACAGGGCAUCCGAGAGGCGUAAAUCCACCGGCUCUACCCCCAACCUGGCCCCUGCUGAAAACAGGAGAACCAGCAGAGAAGUAGAAAUGGAACGGUCACCCAAGGAAAGCCCAACGCAGAUGGCCAAACAUGUCCAAAUAGAUAAAGACACUAUAGAGAGGAUAAGGAGCCGAUACAAGGAAAAUGAGUUGAAGAGAGAACAGAGACGUGUCAGCCAGUAACAGCAGCAGUAUUAACUCUGAGAGGCCUGUUUUUGUUUGUUUGUUUAUCGUUUGUCUGCUUGUUUUUUAUUUGAGUGUUUCACAUAUUCUUCUCACUUAUUCUUCUGUGGGAGUUUAAGUAUUUGAGGUUACGGAAGUAACAACUUUGGAAAGCAGUGAAAGAUGCUGUUCUGUACUUUAAAGGUUAUAAUUCUGUAUUUUGUAAAGGUUGAGCAAGUCCUAAUCCUACGAUUUUUAAGAGGAAAUAAAAUAGAAAUUUGA